CGACAAUGUUAUGCGUUAGCAUUUUAUUUUUUCCUCGAAAGGCCGCUGUGUUACAUACGUCACAUCCGUUUCCACACAGUUGUUUUUCUGGCGGGCUGUACGGAAGAGCGAGAGGGAUGGGGAGUGAGGAUAACGAGGCCGAGGUUGAAUUCCCCGAACAGUUCCGCUCCUACUCGGAAAAUGAAAAGCAUUGGCAGGCGCGGCGCGCCUUCAUCGUCCGCAAUAUCUCGCCAGGAGAUGUGGCGGCGCUUUCUCCUCUGCUCAUAGAUCACUUACUCUCGCUCUCUAUGGUUUGGGCUAAUCACCUCUUCCUGGGAUGCAGCUACAACAAAGAUCUCUUGGAAAAGGUAACUGAAAUGGCUGAGGGGAUUGAAGUUGAAGAUGCUCCACAUUUCACAACCCGUGAUGAAUUAAUGAAAAAGAAUCGGCUCUAGUACCCAAGAGAAGAAAUGCCAGAUUUCAUCCUGCUGCACAAUUCGGUUACAUGGAAGACUGUAAUCUGGAUACUGCAAGAAGCAUCACUUCUGAGAUGCAUUUUAAAUCAGGCUGGUUUUUUUUAUUUUUCUGGAUACUCAUUUUAGAGGGUUUUUAAUGUAUAUAUCUUGAUUCAGAUUAAAAAUGGUACUAAAGAC